UUAGUGUCAUACUUUAAUUACAUGCCUAAGAAUAUGAAGAGCCCGAUGACGAGUGCUGUCUUCCUUGCCACUACUUUAGCCUUUGUUGGACUUGUAGCCAUUAAUGGCUCUCGAGCAAGGAUUUUACCAGAUAGCCUUGGACUCGAAGUAGCAACACUAGCUAAUUAUGGAGGAACUUAUAGCCCACCACCUCCAUCUCCGAUCCCUUCACCAGGAACCACGGAAUUAACGGGCAAUUACGAGAAGUAUCCAUCUCCGCCACCAGAGUCUCCGAAAGCUGAUCCAUCAAUCGGUCAAGUGACGCCUAGUUAUGGACGGACCACGCCAUCACCGCCUCCACCCCCGAAACCUGCAUCACCAAAAGCCCAGCUUGAGAUUGGGUCUCCAUGCACUGAUGGGUGCAUUUCUAUGAUAACAAAUCUUGAAAGACCAGUACCAAGUUCACCUCCAUCUCCAAAGCCAGCAUCUCCUACAAGUCAGAUAACCUUUGAUCUUGAACCGAAAGUGCAUGCAGGACCACCACCAGGGCAAAAUGUAUUUUCAACUUGAGUUGGCUAGUAAUUUCCCCUAUGGGGUCAUCUAAUUACUUUAAUGGAUAGUUAACUAGGAGAGAAGAGAUUAAUUAGCAAAUAAGCAUGCUCUCGAGCUAUGGCAGUGACCAUUUCCCAUCUCUCUAGAGCAAGGUUCCGUUGGGUGAUGUUCUUGCUAGUUUGGCAAAUCUUAGUUCUCUCCAUGAUUAGCUUGGUGUUUUUAGUGAGAGCUAGCUCUAAGCGAGGUUAACAGAAAGCAGUACUUAGCUGAGUGCUUUUAGCUGGAAAAUCUUAUGCAUACAAAUAAUGGCAGCGAAUCAUGAAAUUAUAUAUA